AUGCCAUCUAAAAAAUCAAUACCAGAUAUGUUUUCAACAAGUUUAUCGACAGAUCAUAGAAGAACUGCAUCACUUUCAUCUUAUCGUACUAGACUACCGAGUUCGAAACUUUUCCAACUUUUUGGUAGUUUUAGUCAUAGUAGUCAUAAAUCAACUCAUCGUCGAUCUACAUCUGAUACAGGACCGAUUUCAUUUAAUAACUUUAAAUCAUCUACUUCACCAUCUAGACAUCCAAGAUAUCAACAUGUUCUACAAAAGCCUCGUAGGAGUCGUAGUGAAACUCGUUCGUUUAAAGAUCUUAUUCCAUCUGCUUCAAGUUGGUUAGAAGACUUUACUGCAAAACUUGUGGGUCCAAGUUCGUAUUCCAAACGCCAAGAAUUAUAUGAAUCUAUUACACUGAAAGGAUGUGAAGAAGAAACCUGGACAGAAGUCGUCAAACAAAAAGAAGUCGAAACCAAUUUCAAGCAAAUCAACAAGAAUAAGAAGAAGAUCGAUUUGGUUAAAGAAGAGAACUUAGUGACUGAGAGCAGAGACGGUUCAGAAGUUAGACCGUUUCUUAUUGAAAGAGAAUUAGAUCCGAUUGUAGAAGUAGAAGACCCAAGACCGAUUCGAAGAUCGUUUAUUGAUCAUGGUAGAACAGCUUCUUAUGAUCAUCAUCAAGGGAAUGCUGGAAUCAAAACUGUAGGACGAUUAUCGGUUUCUGAAUUAGGAGUACCUGAGCUUUCGACUGGAUAUCAACCAUCGAGUUCUUAUAAACCAGUACAAUGUAUACCUCAUAAAGGAACUCCGUCUAAACCGUAUAACCAAGCUACUGGAUAUUUAUUCACCGAAACGAGAGCUAGAUCCAGAUCAUCAUAUCCUUCACCCAUGAUUUCUAAAGCACACUCGAGAUACAGUUAUCAAGAUCCCAGACCAAUUUAUGGUCAAGAAGACUUGUACAAUGAUGAUGAACUUGCAAAAGAAAAAGAAACACCGAAUGAAGAUCAAGCAUUAAUUCGAUUAGUUAGGACCGAAUCUCAAGAAAUCCAAAGUGAUACACUUUCUAGAUUACCUAGAAUAGACCCUUCAAGAUCGAUUUCUUCUUCAUAUAUCACCCAUCGAUCUUUUCCAAAAGACCAAGCAAAUGAAGAUCUUCCUAUUAGCUUAUCUUCAAGUUCAUCUUCUAAUCAAACCUCUAUUAUUCAUCAUUUAUAUCAGGAUGAAGAACCAGUGGAAUCGACUAUGAAUUUAUCAACUUCUAGCUUUGGAAAACAAAUCAAUUCUUCUAAGCGAUCAUCAUUAAAGACUCAAACCCAUCAAACAAGAAAUCAACAUCGAGUGGUGAAUGAUGAGAAUUGGAAUGAUGAUUUGGUGGAUUCUUCUUCUGCUUUAAGAGGUAAAAAACAACUUUAUAAACGAACUUCAUCUUCUCUUCAUCCUCAUCCUCAUCCUAAUACUAAAACUAAAACUCAUCCUAAUCCUAAUACUCAAGCUAAAGAAGUGAUGUCAGGUUUGAUCAAUCUUAUAAACAUAUGA